GCUCCUUACACCCUUCGCCGUUGCAUACAGCCACACAGAAACAAUGGCCGACACCACCAGAGUUGUACCCGGUGCGCCGCCGCCGCCGACGUCAAAAUCGCAGCACAAAAAAAAGCGUAAGGGUGCCAAAGCGGCCAACGAACCGUCUACUCCUGCUACACCCGUCGUCGUCCUCGACACUCUCGAUGCUUCGACGACAGAGAAGGCACCGGGACUGAACGAUGUUUACGCUGGCACCGUUGCACCCGACUUGGUCGCUCCAACCGUGAGCGCGGAUGGGUUGACAGCUGCCGAGGCGAGGGCGAGCCCAAUCAUCCAGCUUCUGACCAAGCGGCAAAAGGCUCUUGGGAAGAAAAUUUCCAGGGUCGAGACGUAUGCGUCAAGUGAUCCCGCAACUUUGAAUCAGGAUCAGCGCGAAACGCUUAAGACGCUUCCCUCGCUUCAUGCCGUGCACAAGGAGGUGGAGGAAAUCAAGAAGGCUAUCGAGGCUCACGAAGCGGAGCUCGCUAUUGAGCUGGCCGCCCAGCGUGUGGAAGCAGAACGCAUUCAGAACGAACGCGUCGCUUCUGCCAUCGCCGCCACGGAAGCAUUGUAUACGUCGAAAUUGGCCACCCUUUUAUCUUUCAUUCGGCUACAGUCACUCCUUUCGCAGGGUCACCCUCAGGUUGCGUCGCUGAGCCUGAGUGAACCUGAGAGCGCAGCGAUACACGGCGUGACUAACACACUCCUUGGCGAUGCUGAAGAGAAGGAUGACAUUCUCAGCGGUUUCCUCAGCGGAGCUGGCGACUACGAGGGCGUUGCCUAUGCACGGCUGCACGAUAUAACCCAGCUCUACUUGAAUCCUCCUGCGCCUGAGCCAGAGGAGAUCCUUGAAGAAGCUAUCGAGGCUGCCCUUGAAGAAGCGAUUGCCGAGGAGCCUGCUGUUGUCGUUGUGCCCGCUGCCGCCCCACUCGGCGGCGGCAUCUCGUUCAUGCAGGAUAGUGAGCUCGAGGAGCCCGCCCCUCAGGAAUCCAUGCACGCGACUGUUGAGGAGACCACUGUCACCGAGGUCACGAUUAAUGGCCAGAUUGUCGAAGAAACGGUUGAAGUCGAAAAGACGGAAAUCGAGAUAUCCGGCAACAACGAUAAUCUCAACUGGGCUGACGACGAUGGCGGAUUACCUCCGAUCUCUGAGGUUCAAGCUAGCUUCGGUACGCCUGAAGGAUCUGGUACCCCCGCUCCUGAGGCUGCUGCCCCCCAGGCUAGCGCUGAGCCGCGGGCCAACGGCCCACCACCUGUAGAAGGAGAGGAUGGUUUCAUGACGCCUCACCGUGGUGGCCGAGGGCGCGGUGGAUCUCGCGGUAGCUUCCGUGGCGAGCGUGGUGGUCAUCGCGGCGAUUACCGCGGAGGGUACCGCGGCGACCGUGGUGGUUUCCGGGGAGAGGGACGGGGCCGUGGAGGAUUUAGAGGCGGUGAACGCGGAGGAUACCGGGGACGCGGCGAUGGCGAGUGGAGGGGUGGAGGAGGCGGUGAGUACCGUGGCAGAGGCCGUGGCCGUGGUCGAGGUGAUCGAGGCGGGUCCCAUGGAGAGAGUCGCGGAGGGUCUCCAGCAACCCCGGUGGCAUGAAAGCAUCAACAAAAGCACGCUGAACGUGCACUCAGAGCCCAGUGAAUUGCAGAGUCGUGCAGGAUGUGCUGUGUUUGACCCACUAAUAUCGUAGCUCGGACUCCUGUAUAUAGCUUGCCUUCAACCGAUC